AAGACACCCAAGUGUUCCGUAAGAACUGAAGUUUCUUUUUAAAUCUGUUGCGUCCCAUCUGACGCCAAAAUGAUAGGUAAAAUCCUAAUUCUCGCCACGGUCGCCGUGGCCAACGCCAGAUACGUUAUAGAGGAAGUAGAGGGGGCUUCAACGACAAGCGAUCUUUGUCCCGCGCAGGGCCAUCAUCUUCUUCCCCACGAGUGGGACUGCACGAAGUUCUACUACUGCGAGUAUGGGCAGAAGUGGGUAACGCCGAGGGACUGUGCGCCGGGGACCGAGUUCUCAUAUGAAAUUCAGACUUGUGUACACCCGGAUAAUGCAAACUGCCAACUGCCAAGAGUUCCUCCUUCUUCCGAAGAGAGCGAGGAGUCAGCGGAGACCGAAGCCCCAACUGAGGUCCCAAGCACUGAGGCAGCUACUGUAGGACCCGUCAUAACCACUGAGGCCGCCACUGAACCAGAAACUGAGGCAACAACCACUGAGGCCGCCACUGAACCAGAAACUGAGGCAACAACCACUGAGGCCGCCACUGAACCAGAAACUGAGGCAACAACCACUGAGGCCCCAAUCCAAAGCACAGAGGCAGCUACUGUAGGACCCGUCAUAACCACUGAGGCCGCCACUGAACCAGAAACUGAGGCAACAACCACUGAGGCCCCAAUCCAAAGCACAGAGGCAGCUACUGUAGGACCCGUCAUAACCACUGAGGCCGCCACUGAACCAGAAACUGAGGCAACAACCACUGAGGCCCCAAUCCAAAGCACAGAGGCAGCUACUGUAGGACCCGUCAUAACCACUGAGGCCGCCACUGAGGCAACAACUGAGGCCGCAACAGAGGCCCCUGAAUUAGAACUGCUUCCCAAUGGUUGCCCAGUAGACUUUGACGUCCACCAACUGCUGCCGCAUGAGACCCGUUGCGACAAGUUCUACUACUGUGUGUUUGGGGAAAAGCUAGUCAGGGAUUGCCCACCUAACACUGCUUUCAAUCCUGCUAUACAGGUCUGCGACGAUCCAGCGAACGUUGACUGCGUUAACGCCUCCGGAUCCUCAGAGACUUCAGACGAAGCCUCAGGAUCCUUAGAGACUUCAGAUGAAUCCUCAGGAGAUCUCGAAGGCAGCGGAGAGAUUGACAUAGAAGUUGAGGAGCUCCUCCCCAACGGAUGCCCUGCGGACUUCGAUGUCCACAAGCUCCUGCCUCAUGAGAGUGAUUGCAGCAAGUUCUAUUACUGUGUCUUUGGGGAGACUGUUGAGAGAGAAUGCGGGCCGGAGACACUGUUCAAUGCUGAGUUGGAGGUGUGCGACUGGCCAGAAAACGUUGUAUGUGCCAACGCCGGCAGCAAUGAAAACGAAUCUACUGGCAGCGCUGAGAAUGGAAACAGCCAAGAAACCAGUGAGGAAAGUGGAGCCAGCAAUGAAGAAACUAACAACAGUAGCGAAGAAGCCACUACUACCGCCGCCCCUGAAACUGACGCUACCACUUCUGCACCCUUAACUUUGCCUACUGAAGCACCAGAAAUAGAAUUGCUGCCUAACGGAUGCCCUGCCGACUUCGAUGUCCAUCAACUGUUGCCUCAUGAGAGUGACUGUGCCAAGUUCUACUACUGUGUGUUUGGAGACAAGGUCGAGAGGGAUUGUGCCUCUGGAACACAUUUCAACCCUACUUUACAGGUGUGCGACUGGCCACAAAACGCUGGAUGUGCCAAUGCCGGCAGCAAUGAAAACGAAUCUACUGGCAGCGCUGAGAAUGGAAACAGCCAAGAAACAACUGAAGAAGGUGGAGCCAGCAAUGAAGAAACUAACAACAGUAGCGAAGAAGCCACUACUACCGCCGCUCCUGAAACUGACGCUACCACUCUUGCACCCAUAACUUUGCCUACUGAAGCACCAGAAAUAGAAUUGCUGCCUAACGGAUGCCCUGCCGACUUCGAUGUCCAUCAACUGUUGCCUCAUGAGAGUGACUGUGCCAAGUUCUACUACUGUGUGUUUGGAGACAAGGUCGAGAGGGAUUGUGCCUCUGGAACACAUUUCAACCCUACUUUACAGGUGUGCGACUGGCCACAAAACGCUGGAUGUGCCAAUGCCGGCAGCAAUGAAAACGAAUCUACUGGCAGCGCUGAGAAUGGAAACAGCCAAGAAACAACUGAAGAAGGUGGAGCCAGCAAUGAAGAAACUAACAACAGUAGCGAAGAAGCCACUACUACCGCCGCUCCUGAAACUGACGCUACCACUCUUGCACCCAUAACUUUGCCUACUGAAGCACCAGAAAUAGAAUUGCUGCCUAACGGAUGCCCUGCCGACUUCGAUGUCCAUCAGCUCUUACCUCAUGAAAGUGACUGUGCCAAGUUCUACUACUGUGUGUUUGGAGACAAGGUCGAGAGGGAUUGUGCCUCUGGAACACAUUUCAACCCUACUUUACAGGUGUGCGACUGGCCACAAAACGCUGGAUGUGCCAAUGCCGGCAGCAAUGAAAACGAAUCUACUGGCAGCGCUGAGAAUGGAAACAGCCAAGAAACAACUGAGGAAGGUGGAGCCAGCAAUGAAGAAACUAACAACAGUAGCGAAGAAGCUACUACUACCGCCGCUCCUGAAACUGACGCUACCACUCUUGCACCCAUAACUUUGCCUACUGAAGCACCAGAAAUAGAAUUGUUGCCUAACGGAUGCCCUGCUGACUUCGAUGUCCAUCAGCUCUUACCUCAUGAAAGUGACUGUGCCAAGUUCUACUACUGUGUGUUUGGAGACAAGGUCGAGAGGGAUUGUGCCUCUGGAACACAUUUCAACCCUACUUUACAGGUGUGCGACUGGCCACAAAACGCUGGAUGUGCCAAUGCCGGCAGCAAUGAAAACGAAUCUACUGGCAGCGCUGAGAAUGGAAACAGCCAAGAAACCAGUGAGGAAAGUGGAGCCAGCAAUGAAGAAACUAACAACAGUAGCGAAGAAGCCACUACUACCGCCGCCCCUGAAACUGACGCUACCACUCUUGCACCCAUAACUUUGCCUACUGAAGCACCAGAAAUAGAAUUGCUGCCUAACGGAUGCCCUGCCGACUUCGAUGUCCAUCAACUGUUGCCUCAUGAGAGUGACUGUGCCAAGUUCUACUACUGUGUGUUUGGAGACAAGGUCGAGAGGGAUUGUGCCUCUGGAACACAUUUCAACCCUACUUUACAGGUGUGCGACUGGCCACAAAACGCUGGAUGUGCCAAUGCCGGCAGCAAUGAAAACGAAUCUACUGGCAGCGCUGAGAAUGGAAACAGCCAAGAAACCAGUGAGGAAAGUGGAGCCAGCAAUGAAGAAACUAACAACAGUAGCGAAGAAGCCACUACUACCGCCGCCCCUGAAACUGACGCUACCACUCUUGCACCCAUAACUUUGCCUACUGAAGCACCAGAAAUAGAAUUGCUGCCUAACGGAUGCCCUGCCGACUUCGAUGUCCAUCAACUGUUGCCUCAUGAAAGUGACUGUGCCAAGUUCUACUACUGUGUGUUUGGAGACAAGGUCGAGAGGGAUUGUGCCUCUGGAACACAUUUCAACCCUACUUUACAGGUGUGCGACUGGCCACAAAACGCUGGAUGUGCCAAUACCGGCAGCAAUGAAAACGAAUCUACUGGCAGCGCUGAGAAUGGAAACAGCCAAGAAACCAGCGAGGAAAGUGGAGCCAGCAAUGAAGAAACUAACAACAGUAGCGAAGAAGCCACUACUACCGCCGCCCCUGAAACUGACGCUACCACUUCUGCACCCAUAACUUUGCCUACUGAUGCACCAGAAUUAGAAGCCACUACUACCGCCGCUCCUGAAACUGACGCUACCACUUCUGCACCCAUAACUUUGCCUACUGAUGCACCAGAAAUAGAAGCCACUACUACCGCCGCUCCUGAAACUGACGCUACCACUUCUGCACCCAUAACUUUGCCUACUGAAGCACCAGAAAUAGAAUUGCUGCCUAACGGAUGCCCUGCUGACUUCGAUGUGCACCAACUGUUGCCACAUGAAAGCGAUUGUGCCAAGUUCUACUACUGCGUGUUCGGAGAGAAGGUCGAGAGAGAUUGUGCCCCUGGGACUCAUUUCAACCCUACAUUACAGGUGUGCGACAGGCCAGAAAACGCCGGAUGUGCCAACGCCGACAGCGGAGAAGGAUCUGGUGACAGUGCCGAAAAUGGAAGCCAAGAAAGCGGCGAGGGAAGUGGAGACAGCAAUGAAAACAACAGCGAAGAAAGCGGAUCUGGCGACAGCGCUGAAAAUGGAAGCCAAGAAUCUGGAGCUAGCGAAAGUGCUGAAAAUGGCAGUCAAGAAGAGUCAGACAAAUGUAAGACUUCUUGCAAUGUAGCCGCAUGGGCUCACGAACAUGAUUGCGAUAAAUUCUGGCGCUGUGACGGAGAAAAUGCGGUCUUAGGCACAUGCUCUGAAGGUCUACAUUUCAAUGCGCAGAGUCAGACUUGCGAUUUCAUCUGCAAUGCUGGUUGUGUGAGAGAUGAUGUCCAAAGUACUGGGGAGAAAGAAGGUUUGAAACUGUUCCUGCCUUGGGAUAAGGUUGAUAAUACUAUCAGAAAAUUAUAUCUUGGACAGAACUAACUGCACCUAAAUUUU